UGCAUUGUUUGGCGCCAUUUAAAAAUGAAAUUUGGAGGUUAGAAUAGAAAUGCUUUUGAAAAGCUUACUUUGUUGAUGUUAUAGUUGAAGUCAUUAAUUUCGUAUCAAUAAGUCAUUCUUCACUUCAAGUAAUUUCAAAUUUGAGGAGAAAGGUUGGAGACAAGGAGCUUCAAUGGCAUUAUUUCUAAGAUAUUGAUGAUCUUACCUGUGAUAGAUAUUUUUAGAAAACGCAUUUCUUAUCUCAAAUUUGCGUUUCACAUUAAUCUGCAACCAGCAAUGUCAUACACACUCCCUUGUCCAGAACAAGAACUUCAACUGAGAUUUACUUUGAAUGGAGGUCAAUCUUUCAGAUGGAAAGAAACCAAAGAAAACGAAUGGACAGGGGUGUUCAGCAAUAGAGUAUGGAAAGUUAGAAGGAACAAAGAUUUUCUAGAAUAUGACGUAUAUAAGUGCACAAACCCCAAAGUAGUAUCGAAAAGCAAAAAGCAAAAAUCUGAAAAAAGUACUAGUAAACCAUUCACGAAAGCAGAGCUUGAAGAGAAUGAGAAACUGCUUAUUGAUUAUUUUAGACUUGACACUUCACUCAAAGAACUGUAUGAUAAUUGGUCGAAUGCUGAUCAAGUAUUCAAGGAGGCUGCUGAAAAGUUCUAUGGAAUAAGAAUUUUAAAACAAGAUCCUGUUGAGAAUAUUUUCUCAUUUAUUUGUUCAACAAACAAUCACAUUUCAAGGAUCUCAUCCAUGGUAGAAAAACUAUGCACAUCGUACGGCGAGAAAAUUUGUGAUUUGGACGGUGUGACUUACUACAGUUUCCCACCUGUGGAAGCUUUGGCCGUGGAAGGAGUUGAAGGGAAUUUGCGAAAACUGGGAUUCGGUUAUAGAGCCAAGUACAUUCAUCAGUCGGCGCUGAAAAUCAUCGAAUUCGGCGGAAAAAGCUGGCUUGACAAACUGACACAAAUGGCUUACAAAGACGCAAAAGCAGAAUUGAUGAAACUGACUGGAAUCGGUGCAAAGGUUGCAGACUGCAUCAGUCUUAUGUCACUUGGGCACUUGGAGUCAGUACCAGUAGAUACGCACGUAUUCCAAAUAGCAUCACAACUUUACCUGCCGCAUUUGAAGUCAGCUAAAACUGUCACAACCAAAAUCUAUGAUGAGAUCGGCGAACAUUUCCGGCUUCUCUACGGCAAUGAAGCUGGCUGGGCCCACACUAUUCUGUUUUGUGCUGACCUGAAAAUGUUCCAAGACAAGGGGAUUAAAAGAGAAAAAAUAACAGACAAGAAAUCAAAACGGAGAAAAACAUGAUGAGGUUGUCUGUGAUAAAAAUGAGCAUACUUAUUUUAUCUGAAUACUGAUUUGUUAAAAGUACUAUCUGGAACCCUGCGUAGGUUAAUUUUAUACAAAAUAUAUGACAAAAAUUA